GCUUCUUCCCGACGUCAUCAGUUGUCCUGACGACGUCGAGCAGAAGGAGCCUCGCGGCUCAGUGAUGGUUUUGUAGCUUCGCUAACAGACACGGUUGUAUUGAUCAGACCAGACCAAAUCCUCCGCGUUGCUUCCUAGUUUAACUGUAGAAACGAUAUUUCAGGGAAAAGAGGAGGGUAACAGAAAAAAAAAAUUGUACUAAAGAGGGCGUGGUGCCAAAAAAAAACUGUUUUUAUUGUGAAAUUAGACGGGAAAACUAAACGGUAUCAGACGCAAUGUCUCUUUCUGUGCCUCAAAACGGAGUAAAGGCGGACAACGAACCCGUGAUCGAGCUUUUUGUUAAGGCGGGAAGCGAUGGCGAAAGCAUCGGGAAUUGCCCCUUCUCUCAGAGGCUCUUCAUGAUAUUAUGGCUGAAAGGAGUUGUCUUCAAUGUCACCACGGUGGACCUUAAGAGGCAACCGGCGGACCUCCAGAACCUGGCUCCUGGCACACACCCGCCCUUCGUCACGUUCGACGGAGAGGUCAAAACUGACGUGAACAAGAUCGAGGAGUUUCUCGAGGAUGUCCUCUGCCCACCCAAGUACAUCAAGCUUGGUGCAAGACACCCCGAGUCCAACACAGCUGGUAUGGACAUCUUUGCUAAGUUUUCUGCCUUCAUCAAGAACUCCAAACCAGAUGCAAAUGAAGGCCUGGAGCGCGGGCUGCUGAAGACACUGCAGAAGUUAGAUGAGUAUCUUCACUCUCCACUCCCGGAUGAGAUCGACCACAACAGCAUAGAGGACAUCAAGGUUUCCAACCGCAAGUUCCUGGAUGGAGAUGAAAUGACCCUGGCCGACUGUAAUCUGCUGCCCAAGCUGCACAUAGUGAAGGUUGUGGCUAAAAAGUACCGGGGCUUCGACAUCCCCAAAGAGAUGACGGCCAUCUGGAAAUACCUGAACACUGCGUACACGCGCGAAGAGUUCACCAACACCUGCCCCAGCGACAAGGAGAUCGAGAUCGCCUACGGAGACGUGGCCAAGAGGCUGGUCAAAUAAGCUCCCGUGUUGCAACCACCACUGUCCAUCCUUUGAUCUCAUUACCGUCUUCCUGCUUCACUUCCCUCCACCUCCUCCUGUACCAGGACUGCUGUGCUCAUUUAUUCCUUAUCUAUACCGGCUUCACCGUGUUCAGGGUUGCAGGCGCGCUGGGGUCCGUUAUCCCAGCUGUCAUGGCUUGAGAGGCGGCGCUGAUCCUGGACAUGUGCUCGUUCAUGAGAAAGAAAAAAAAAAUCUGGACUUCUUUUCCUUCUCUUUUCAUCCAGAACGAACCCGUGUGCAUGAACACUUUAUUUAGUCUCCAUCCGGUUUAAUGAAGGUCCGUUUUUUUUUUUUUUUUUAUUAAGUUGGAUCAAAGAUCACCCUCAGUCCACCUUUUAUCAUUAAUUGCCUUUGUUGUACUGCUAAUGAAUGUGUGAGAAGGCGAUGCAAUUGAUAAGAAGCCAGACAUGCAUCCGUUCUUAUUAAUGUUUGGAGUCAAAUUUGCUCCCUUCUAAGUGACCUUCCAGACGACCUUCUCUCUGCAUGCAGGGGAAAUGUCCAGAGUUAUUUUCGUUGUUUUCUUUUUUCUUUUUCCCAUCGCCAAGAUUAACAUGACUUUCUCAUGGAUUGCUACUGUCUUUUGGUUUAUUAAGAGAUGUUGUAAACAGUGUUUAAGGUUCAGUGUUUCUGGCUCCAGUAUUUCACAGGGUAACUAAAACCUGAAGCUAAUCCAAACGUGAGCAUUGGGCCGCUUUGUUUUAUGUGGAGCUGUUUGAAAGUAAAUCAAAAUAAUUGUAAAUGCAGGUAGAAAUACCCACUAUUCAUGCUCUUAUUUCCUCAUUGCCUCAAAUGGGCAAAAAAAAAAAAAAAAAAAAAAGUAGCUCAGUUCAGUAGGAUUGUAGUAAAUUCCUUUUACCAGCUGUAGAAGUGUAACAUCUUUGGAAAAAUAUCCAACCAUAUGUAGCUUACAGCCAUGUUCACGGGUGGCCUUUUGUUAAUCACCGCAUUGCCACGAAGUUUGUCCAUCAAACAGCGUACAAAUCUUUUUUGUCAACAGUGAAGGGAAGUCUUCAUUUUCAUAAUAUUUGUAGCAUUAGCUUAAAUUAUACAUCUUGAACCAAAAAGGGGCACAUUUUUCUGGUCACACUGUGGAAUGACAGGCUAUAUACUAGUGAGAGGAGAAUUAAAAACAGUAACACACACUCUUUGCACUCCAUAACAUACGACAUGAGGGACGGCAUUGUGCAGCCAGGAAACACUAAUAAUAUUUAAGACGAAACAAAACGAGGAGCGUGGGAAUAAACCUAUAGCCGGUGAAAUUCCCGUCAUCUAGGUAGCCAAUGUACAUUAUGAUACAGUAGCUCCCAAAGCCUUCAUGUGGAUAAAGCAAAAUCUGUUUUGUUUUCUCCUUUUUGCCAUGUUUUUCAGACCUUUUUGUUAUUAAACAAAUCUGAUUGAAAGAAAAAAAAAAAAAGGAAUUGUAAAUAUUUUUUCAUUGUUCAGAUUUCAAUAUGUACAUUUUUAUGCAUUUCAUCUAGAUUAAGGAAAACCGGGCCAUGUCUUGCCCGCUUUGAUUUGAAUUCCAGAUAAACCAUCUCCUCUUUGCCUUAAUUGUUUUGUUUUUCUCUGCAGACAUUUUGCAGGAAGAAUUAUUUUAAAGAUCAUUUCAUUGCAAACGAGUGUGGCGUUGUACAAAGAUAUCAAAUUUGUUUCAAUUUUUUAAACCAGAUUGACUGACUGAAUUUAAAUAAACUUCAUAUUGGCUUCAAA